GCUGGCUGACACUAGGGUGUGCACUGCGAGCCCCCUGCUAGUCGGGCGCUGCGCUUUGAAGGCAUAGCGCACCGCUCUGUACUGUAGCACGCAGCAGCGCUCCUCUCAGGCAGCAGCCUCUCCAGUUCCUGUUUCCGCCUCUCAGCCUCCCACAUCUCUCCUCCAGAAUAAACCCGCGACGCCGCUACCCGGGACGAGCAGUGGAGAUAAGCGCCGUGGCUCGGUCUGCUCCUAUACCUGCAUGGCUACUCUGAAUACUGUACAGUAGGUGCAAUGCAGUUUGGUGGCCUCAUCUCUGUAUGACACGGGCUGCUCAGAACACAAGACACACUGUACUGUUCAUAGCAAGAAAAGAGAUGAAGCAAAGUCAGCAGAGCGUCUAGCCCUAGCCGCAGCGCGACUCUAAGUGGAGCUAAGAGACCAAGAACUUUCUUCCUACCCCAGAGUGUGAGGAGGCCAGCAGCUGCUCAAGAGUGGUCAAGCAUCCAGGAGGUGGUCAGCCCAUGGGCCCGGACCUUCGCAAGGAUGCGGUGAAGCACAAAAGAAGGGGCAUCAUCGAGCUUCUAACAUGCUGACUCAGAGCCAGGCACUUCCACAGACACACUGCUGAGCCGUGAGGCAGCAUUGGAAGGGAGGGGUGGCCUCGUCAGGAUCUCCAGCAUUCCAAAAUGCGGCCAUGGACGGGCUCCUGGCGCUGGAUUAUGCUCAUUUUGUUGGCCUGGGGGACUCUGUUGUUCUACAUUGGAGGCCACCUGGUCAGAGACAAUGACCAUCCAGACCGCUCCAGCCGAGAACUGUCUAAAAUCCUGGCCAAGCUGGAGCGUCUUAAACAGCAGAAUGAGGAUCUCCGCAGGAUGGCUGAAUCUUUGAGAAUUCCUGAAGGCCCUGUUGACCAGGGACCUGCAACAGCCGGACGAGUCAGGGCUUUGGAGGAGCAGCUCAUCAAGGCCAAAGAACAGAUCGAAAGCCUCAGGAAGCAGUCGGGAUAUGGGCCAGGCAAAAAUCAAGAGGUGUUACGGCGGAAGAUUGAAAAUGGCGUUAAAGAGCUGUGGUAUUUCAUCCGUAGUGAACUGAAGAAAAUUACACACUUGGAAGGAAGUGAUAUGCAGAAUCACAUCAAUGGAUUGCUGCAAGACUUGGGACACCAACAGCGAUCGAUAAUGACAGAUGUGUACUACCUCAGUCAGGCUGAUGGUGCCGGGGACUGGCGAGAACAGGAAGCCAAGGAUCUCUCCAACCUUGUUCAAAACCGAAUAAUGUAUCUACAGAACCCCAAGGACUGCAGCAAGGCACGGAAGCUGGUGUGCAACAUCAACAAAGGCUGUGGGUAUGGCUGUCAACUCCAUCAUGUUGUCUACUGCUUCAUGAUUGCCUAUGGCACGCAACGGACGCUUAUUCUGGAAUCACAGAACUGGCGCUAUGCUUCCGGCGGCUGGGAGACUGUCUUCAAACCUGUGAGCGACUCUUGUACCGACAGGGCAGGGGCAUCCACAGGCCACUGGUCAGGGGAAGCCAACGACAAGGACGUCCAGGUGGUGGAGCUUCCCAUUGUUGAUAGCCUACACCCUCGCCCACCUUACCUGCCGCUAGCUAUCCCCGAAGAUCUUGCUGACAGACUUGACCGCCUCCACGGUGACCCAUCUGUCUGGUGGGUCUCUCAGUUUGUGAAGUAUCUGAUCCGACCCCAGCCCUGGUUGGAGAAGGAGAUAGAUGAAGCCACCAGCAAGCUGGGAUUCAAGCACCCCGUCAUUGGCGUGCACGUGCGGAGGACUGACAAAGUGGGCACUGAAGCCGCAUUCCACCCCAUAGAGGAGUACAUGAUUCACGUAGAGGAACACUUUCAGCUGCUGGCACGCAGGAUGCACGUUGAUAAGAAGCGCGUCUAUCUGGCCACAGACGAUCCCAAUCUGCUGCAGGAGGCCAAAAACAAGUAUCAAGAUUAUGAGUUCAUCAGCGACAACUCCAUCUCCUGGUCAGCCAACCUGCACAACCGCUACACAGAGAACUCCCUGCGAGGUGUCAUCCUGGAUAUCCACUUCCUGUCCCAGACAGACUUCCUGGUCUGCACCUUCUCGUCUCAGGUGUGCCGUGUCGCCUACGAGAUCAUGCAGACUCUGCACCCGGAUGCAUCCUCCUAUUUUCAUUCCCUAGAUGACAUUUACUACUGGGGUCAGAAUGCUCACAACCAGAUUGCCAUUUAUCCACACAGCCACGGACGGCGGAAGAAAAUCCCUCUGGAGCCGGGGGACUUGGUAGGCGUGGCAGGUAACCAUUGGGAUGGCUAUUCCAAAGGGAUUAAUAGGAAAAUGGGCCGGACAGGACUGUACCCAUCCUACAAAGUCAAGGAGAAGAUAGAAACUGUGAAAUACCCAACAUACCCAGAGGCAGACAAACUUUUGCAGCAGUAGUGGCAUAUGUCCAUGUUUUGACCUGUUGGCUGCCUCGAUGUAGUGGGAGCUCGUCCCGCCUAAGGUGGGCUGCACAAAGCAAAAGACUACAAAGAGCUUUGCUAUUAGACACUGACCAGACUGACCAACCCUUUGCAACUUACAUAAAAAAAAAGAAAGCUUUGGACAAAGAGAUUGUGGAGUGGGUUGCAGGAGGCCGCCAAUGUUCACAUUUUUGUUUCUUUUUAAUACAAAGCCUCCUCUCCUCUUUGCUCGGCAAAUGAGCCGAACCGACGUGCUGCCCUUUCAGCGUCAGUGUCAAUUUUUAUUAUUCUCUUAACUCCUUUGUUAAUUUAAUUCCUCGUCCCCCCAUCCAUAUCCAUGUUGUGCUUUUAAUGAGUGACCUGGGUGUUUUUAUUUGUUGUGUGUGCGGAUGUGUGUGUGCGCGUGUGUGUGCGUGUGUGUGUGUGUGUGUAUAUACAGACAAGGUGCCUAAAACAAUACGGUAGCUCGUUUGUUUUCCAUAAUUACAGUUUGUAUUUGUUUCCUGAAAGAAACUGGUUAACAAGAUUUCACACAGCCCCUCAAAUGCAGAUUAUAGUAGACAUGACUGCUCUCAAAUUUUAAUAGUAAUUUUAUGUUUUUAUUUAAGGAGAUGUCGAAACUUGAAAAAAAAAAUCUAUAUAUGGAAACUGUCAUGGCACUUUUUUUUCUAGGUCAGAAACCGACUUUCAUAAAUUCAAUUUAUGGGCAUUGUCUUUGAUAAUGAGAAAAUCAAAUAAAUCCAAGUGAAUCAUG